AUGUUCUACGGCAAAGUGUUUCUAUGGAUUUUAAUUUAUGGACCAACGAUUUGGCUAGAAUCAUCUGGAAACGAGCUCACACAUCGGAUACCAGUUUGGAAUAUUCAAGAUGUUUUCUCACACAUAGCCAGAUUGCCCGAAAAGCAGACAAUUGUUAAGCACAAAAAGAAGAAAGUAAAGAGUACACCGCAACCGGAUAAGGAAUGGCCAUACCCCUACUAUCCAUCUCCUCCACUGACACCGCUGCCAUUGCCCCCUCCGUAUCAUCAUUAUCACCAUCAUCAUCAUCCGCAUACAACGACAAAGCCAACGACCAAGGAGCCAGUAACAAAUCCCCCAGAUACGGAUUUAUGCGAAAUGUAUCCCCAUCUACCGAUAUGCACAACGGCACCGAAACCCAUAACCCCCCCGCCGGAACCAGAUUGCACCCUUGAUCCAAAUCUACCAUCAUGCACGACGAAAAAGCCCCCGGAAUCAGAUUGUGAUCUCGAUCCCACUCUGCCAACAUGUACAACACCCGAUAUAUGUGAAAUGUAUCCUCAACUGCCCAGCUGUGCAAUAAAAAAACCACCAAUCAGAAUAACCACUGCGAAUCGUGAAGAAAACUUAAAUUUUUCAAUCGAAUCGGAGCCGCAGCCUCUGCUCUCGCUCUGCGAUCGCUAUCCCGGUGUCUGCAAGCGGGCGGACGAGGCUCAAUUCAUAGGUCUGAAGGACGAGCAGGGAUACCCGUUGAUAUUGAUAGCACCCGGGUCAGCGUCAAGUGCUGGACGAUCAACUUUUGGUUCCCGGUUGAAGUUUGAAAGGCGACCUACUCCAAGACGCAAGGUCUGA